AUGGCCCCAGGUGAACAUAGAGAACAAUUUGAACCUUUGAUUGGAAUUUUUUGUAGGGAAAAUGAUGUGGGUCUAUCCUCUUUUCCUCACUGGCUUGAAGUUCUUCUCGGAGAGAAAUUCUUUUACCCUUGUUUGAUUCAUGAGUCCACUAAGAAGAAUGAGAAAAACAUAUUUUGUUUGGAUUGCUGCAUCAGUAUCUGUCCUCACUGCCUAUUUCCUCAUCGCUCUCACCGACUCUUACAGAUACGGAGGUACGUUUAUCACGACGUGGUUCGAGUGGAGGAUAUUGAGAAAUUAAUCAACUGUAACUUCGUUCAAUCUUACACUACGAACAGCGCAAAAGUGGUGUUUUUGAAUCAAAGGCCUCAAUCUAGGCCUUUCAGAGGGUCCGGGAACGUCUGCACUAUCUGUGAUAGGAGCCUUCAAGACCCAUAUCUCUUCUGCUCUCUCGCGUGCAAGGUUCAUCAUUUGAUGAGGACUGAAGGUGGGCUGUCGAAAUAUCUAUACGACUGCAAAUUUCUUCCUUUACCAGAAGGCGCUAAGGGAGAGAGCUGCGACCUCGACGAAGGCCAAUUGACGCCUGACUCCGUCCUUGAAUCGCCCGGAUCUUUAGGCACUUCGUCCGGGUCAAGCGCAAGCUGUGGUGCAGUGGGUUGCAAGACCCUUGCAUGCACUGCUACCACAGAGUUUGUGAAGAAGAAACGAAGCAGCAUUUCAGCCCAACGGACACCUUAUCGGCCGACAUGCCUGCGCGUAUCGGAAAUCUCUAUAAGCUUGAACCGACGAAAGAGCUUGCCCCACCGGUCGCCUCUAUACUGAUACGGAACUGGUAAG